GAUUUCUUCUUCCCUCCUGUGUUUCCUUGUUAGCCGACGUCAGUGUUAGCCAACAAAACAACCGUCCCACUUUCUUUACCCCUCUUAAUAUCGCCCUAUUUUCUCUACCUCCUUUUAUUCUCAAAGGGGUUAACAUCACUCCUCACCCACAAGCGACACAAUGGACGAGACGAGUCCGCUUGUCUCUCCGCUGCGGGACUCUGGUGAAUUCAACUACUGUCCCACAGAGCCCACCAGCCCCCGGGGCGCGUUUGGAAGCACGCCGGGCUCGGUGGUCCGUAUCCCCGCAGGCAGUCCGGGGCUGAGCCGGGAGAGACAGCCACUUCUGGAUCGGGAUCGUGGCAGCUCGCCUCGGGAGCCGCACAAGAACGAGUUCCCGGAGGAUCCCGAGUUCAGAGAGAUCAUCCGAAAGGCCGAGAGGGCCAUAGAGGAAGGGAUCUACCCAGAGAGGAUCUACCAGGGCUCCAGUGGAAGCUACUUUGUCAAAGACUCCCGGGGGAAGAUCAUCGGCGUGUUCAAACCUAAGAAUGAAGAGCCCUACGGCCAGCUCAACCCAAAGUGGACCAAGUGGCUCCAGAAACUUUGUUGUCCCUGCUGUUUCGGACGCGACUGCUUGGUGUUGAACCAGGGCUACCUCUCAGAGGCCGGCGCCAGCCUGGUCGAUCAGAAGCUGGAGCUCAACAUCGUUCCCAGGACCAAAGUGGUGUACCUGGCGAGUGAAACAUUCAACUACAGUGCCAUAGACCGGGUGAAGUCCAGAGGUAAGAGGCUCGCCCUGGAGAAGGUGCCUAAAGUGGGCCAGCGCUUCCACAGGAUCGGACUGCCACCAAAGGUCGGUUCCUUCCAGCUCUUCGUUGACGGAUACAAAGAUGCUGAUUUCUGGCUGCGGAGGUUUGAAGCAGAGCCUCUUCCUGAAAACACCAACCGCCAGCUUCAGCUGCAGUUUGAGCGUCUCGUCGUCCUCGAUUACAUCAUCAGAAACACAGAUCGGGGGAAUGACAACUGGUUGCUGAAGUACGACUGUCCAAUGGAUCCAGUGGGGAACAGGGACUCAGACUGGGUGGUCGUAAAGGAUCCCAUCAUCAAGCUGGCAGCUAUCGACAACGGCCUCGCCUUCCCCCUCAAGCACCCCGACUCCUGGAGAGCCUAUCCGUUCUACUGGGCGUGGCUCUCCCAGGCCAAAGUCCCUUUCUCCCAAGAAAUCCGAGAGCUGGUGCUGCCCAAACUCUCCGACCCCAACUUCAUCAAAGACCUGGAGGAGGACUUGUAUGAAUUAUUCAAGAAAGAUCCUGGUUUCGACAGAGGACAGUUUCACAAACAAGUAGCCGUAAUGAGAGGGCAGAUCCUGAACUUGUGCCAAGCCCUGAAAGAUGCUAAAACCCCCCUGCAGUUGGUCCAGAUGCCCCCAGUAAUCGUGGAAACAGCCAGAGCGCCUCAGAGAGCCAACAGUGAGUCUUACACACAGAGUUUCCAGAGCAGAAGACCCUUCUUCACCUGGUGGUAGGAACACCACUGUGAAGAGGAAGAGGAGGAACAGCAGAAGUGAUGGGGUGUCCAUGUGCCGAAGGAAGAAAGGACAGAAUCAGAAUGAGAGCACAGGUGACUGUCCCUAAUACGGAAAUAAUUCAUCGCCCGUCCCUUUUUGGAUAUUUUGGUUCCAGAGAUUGAGUUAUUGGGUGGAGAGAUGAGGCCAAAAGAGGAAGAACGUGAAAAUAUAUAUCUUCUCUGUUUGCCUCCGUGCCUUUUGUGGAUGUCAACAAAGAACACACACCUGAAGAUGAAGUUUCUGAACUUUUCUGCAAGAGAGAGAGAGAGAAAAGUUUCAGUGAGAGGUCAGACUUUUCUUUUGGACUCCUGGGGUGCACGUAAGGUUUGCUCACACAGAAGCCUCUCACACUUUGUUUUUGGACGGGAGGUGUUUGCAUUCCAUGCUUUGUUUUGCUUCUUCAUACCUCUCUGCCUUUUAACAUUUGCCUACAUAUUCCCUCCUGUGCAGUUAAACAAACCUGGGCAGUGCCACUACUGAGGAUCAGCAUUGCUUCUUUUUUUUUUUUUUUAAAUAAGCAACGUGUUGAUUGUGUUCAGGCUUUGUGGAUGAAGGUACUGAUGAACUUGAUGAACACAUGAUUUGUGGACUCCUCCUAACUGUUCAGCUAAAGAUCUACGAGUCCACUGGGUGAAGAUGGAUAGUAGUGACACUGACAGAAAAAGAAACAAGCCGUUUGUUAAGCUGAGGCCAUUUCCCUUCUUCCUCUAAUGAGUUAAACGACAGGUGAAGAAGAUAAAAAAAUUCAUCUGAUAGCAGGCAGAGGAGGGGUCCGAGGUCCCCCGGCCCACACGCUCCUGUUUUUCUCGGCCAUCUUGAUUUCAGUUAAUUUUCUGGCUCGUGGAGUACAACCGAAAUAAACAACAAAGUAGCUUCCUGCUGUACUGAACUGACAUGAAAUGUAUUGUGGCAAUGCACUGUAUAAUAUGUAUGUAAUAUUUAAUGAUAGAUUAUAAUUAAAACAUUACAUUAAUACAGAA